AUGAUACAUAGUUAUGUAGAUGAGCUGUUGGGUGUUUUUUGUUCAGACCAAGACCUUCCAGACUUUGCGUCCGAGGCUGCCGGUGGAGCAGUUCUGGACACUCCUGACACAGAAUCGUAUCAUGAACCGUAUCAUCAGCAAAUAACUUUUUUUGGUAUUCCAAUUUGGGAGGCGGGAUAUUUUACACCUCGUAAAGUGAUACAGCCAUGGACUCAAGCAGGAGAAUGUUGGGCGUUUCGAGGAUCAAGCGGAAAGAUACUUUUGAAACUGGCACAUGCGGCACACAUCGACAAAGUUACACUCGAACACAUACCCGUCUCAGCCUCGUUAACCGGUUCGAUAAACUCGGCACCGCGAGACUUUUCGAUUCACGCGAUAAUAGAACACACUCUUCAAAGACUAGAUAGUUUCACGUAUGACAUCAAUGGCCAGCCUUCGCAGACCUUUGUUCUGAAGGACAAAAAGGUGAAGAUGUAUUCGAUCGAAACAAUUCUUCUUGAAAUACAAUCGAACUGGGGUCACCCUGAUUUCACCUGCAUUUACAGAUUCAGAGUUCACGGCAAAAUCGCCAGUCAUCAAAAAAACGAUCCCGGACUUGAGAUUGGCGAGGAAAAGUAGAAAAUAUACUGUGCAAAGAAAUCACAUGAUUAAAAAACCAUGAAUUUCGUCAAUAAUAAUGUAGUGUAACUGGCCAUGACGAUCAUACAGAGAACAAUUUUUUCAUUUAAAACUUCA